GCUUUCAGGGUUCUAGGGUUUAGGGAGUCUCGUGAGUUUGGUCGUCCCUUUCGUGGGAGACGAGCUUCGAGCUCGCAGCCUGCAAUCUUCAAUUGUUCGCGACGCUUUGGUGGGUCGCGCCUUACCCUCAUUGGUGAGUGCUUGUUUUUUUUUUCGUUCGUGGGUUUGUUGUUGUUAGCUUCAGUUCGCAAGAUGGGAAAGAAAUCCAAGAGCAAGACGUCUCGCAAAGGGAAACGCGAAUGGAGAAAGAACAUUAGCACGGAGGAUGUGGACGCGUUUGUGGAGCAGACGGCGUUGGUGGAGCGUAGCGGGGGAGCUUUGGAGGAGGUCCCCAGCGAGGAGCUCUUCUUCGUCGACACCAGCAAGGAUAUUAAGGUUGCGCGGAAAGUGGACAAACACAGGGCGAAGGUGCUUCAUGCAGAUAGUAUUCUGGAGAGCAAUUCGUUGAUUCCUGUGCUGAAAGAGCCCGGACAUACGAACAAGAAGCGCAAGGACAGGGAUCAUGCGAAGCCGAUGGCAAAGGCGACGGUGAAGCCUCCGGAAGUGAAAGUUGCUCCUCAGAAGGAGAACGGGUUGAGUAUUCUUGAUCCAUGGAGUGGGGGGGACGAUGUGGGGAGGAAGGCUAGGAAAGUCCAGAAGGAGACGGUAUCGGCUCCGCCAGUGGAAGUUGAUAUGCCUGGGUGUUCAUAUAAUCCGUCCUUUGUCGAUCACCAAGAGGCUCUGGGUGUGGCAGUAGCGGAUGAGAUGAAGAAGGUGAUAUUGAAGGAACUGGAGCCAGCGCCUGUGCCCAAACAUGUGCCUGACCAUGGCCUUACUGAAGAGGAUAUGUUUUUCUUGGAUGUAGCCAAGGAGGAUGAUGAUGAAGAGGAGGAUGCAAGGAGCGAUGAUGGAGCAGUUGUCACUCAACCGAAGGGUAAGAAAUUCAAGAAACUCACGCGAGCUGAUAUCAACAGGAAAGCGCGGCGGAAAGAGGUAUUGAAAGCAGAUGCCGAGAGAAUUAGGAUUCAAAAAUUGAAGAGGGAUAUUCAGAAGCUGCCCGAGAUAACAGAGAGCAUCAAGGAAGAGGACCAAGAGCAGGAAUCACGUAGAAUUCGACGCAAGGUUUCGCGGGAGGAGAAGAGGGCUUUGGGUCCAGCUCGGCUUGGACGCCAUAAGUUCAAACCAGAGCCCAAGCAAGUUUUGUUGAGCUCAGAAGUUAGUGGAUCGUUGAGAAAAUUGAAAGCAUACCCCGUGCUCAUCCGGGAUAGAUUCAAGAGUUUGCAGCGGAGGGGAGUUUUGGAGCCUCGUGUGCCUGUUGCUAGGAAGGAGAAGAAGAAGUGGGUUGAAAUUAAACAGGGCACGAGGGGAGACAAGGAAAGGGAGAUGCAUUACGCCACGCUUGCUGAGAAGGAAGCCCGUAAGCAGGGUCUUGCGGUGCUUCCUCUUUGAGCUAGCAUAUCCAACGUUUUUGGACCUGCACUGAAGAAAACGAAGAAUGUCUGUGGCCCGCAUAGCACACACUCUUGUCGUUGACCACUGUCUGGGUUUGGCAUUAACUAUUGCAGUUGCUCGCGUCUCAAGCAGCGAAUGCUCACUAGUUUGAUGAGCAAGAUUUAGCAACAUCUUAAACUGUGCACCCAGCGUGUGAGUGAGGGUGCGAAAUGGCUAGUAUCCAACAUCCUAUGCACUUCUUGGAUCAUGUAACUCUAUUUGUGCAGAGUGAGAUUGAAAUGCAAAACAUUCAACUCGAGCUGCUAGAAGGAUUCAGCACAAAUGUGGGGCAUACUUUUGAAUAGACAUCAACAUCUUUGAAUACAUCAUAGGAAUUCUGGUUCACUUUGAAGUGCCUUUUUCUACAGUGAACCUCUGUGAUCGUGCCAAUUAAUAUGAAACAGUGCUCCAAGCUGUUGCACACUUUGAUCA